AUGCACUUAAGGACAGAUACAGGCGAGUCGGAGAAGGAGGCGGAGUGUGGGAGGAGCGAUGGGCCGGGCGGGACGCUGGAGAGCGGGUGGGCGGGCGCUGGGUGGAGGAGGAGCGAGCCAGGCCCGGGAGUGCGGUCCGGCGAGCUCCGGGCCGCAGGAUCGGUGAUUCUUCAGUUCCAGGACUCAGUGGCAAGGUGGUACCCAACAAGACCUGUCAUUCUCAUCCUUCUGUCCUCCAACUUUGGAGAACGACAAAGCAUUCUGGGUGGACAACUCCCUCCUGGAAUCACCACGUUUUCCUGCAACACCAGCACUUCCGGUCACUCUACCUUCCUCCUCACUGGUUUUCCAGGACUGGAAGCCUCUCAUCAUUGGGUUUCCAUCCCCAUCAACCUCAUCUGUGUGAUUUCCAUCCUGGGUAACAGUAUCAUCCUCUUCCUGAUCCGCACUGAUUCAGCUUUACACGAACCCAUGUACAUCUUCCUAUCCAUGCUGGGGGCCUCUGAUCUGGGUCUCUGUGCCUCUACUUUUCCCACAAUGGUGCGGCUCUUUUGGCUGGGCACUCGUGAGCUGCCUUUUGAUUUCUGUGCUGCACAGAUGUUCUUUAUUCAUGCCUUCACCUAUGUGGAAUCUGGCGUGCUGCUAGCCAUGGCCUUUGAUCGCUUCAUUGCCAUUCGGGAACCUCUUCACUACGCCACAAUUCUUACACAUUCAACCAUGGCCAAAAUGGGGGUUGCAAUUCUGGUGAGGGCUAUCGUGCUCAACCUCCCAGGACCCAUUCUUUUACGGCGCCUGUUCUUUCCCCAGAUCAGUGAACUCUCUCACUGCUACUGUCUCCACUGUGAUCUUGUAGGAUUGGCUUGCUCAGACACCAAGGUUAACAGCUUAUUUGGCCUGAUCUCCAUUCUUUUUUCCUUGGGCCUCGAUUCCUUCCUCAUCAUGCUUUCCUAUGCCCUGAUUCUACGAACUGUGCUGACCAUUGCCUCACCUGGUGAGCGACUCAAGGCACUCAACACGUGUGUUUCACACCUCUGUAUUGUUCUUAUCUUUUAUAUGCCAAAACUGGGGCUGUCUGUGUUGCAUCGAGUAGAGAAACACCAUUACCCUGCCUUAGCAGUGCUCAUGGCCAACCUACAUUUUUUGGUUCCACCCUUCAUGAACCCUAUUGUCUACUGCAUCAAGUCUAAGCAGAUCAGGCAGGGUCUCCUAAAACGCUUUCUGCAGAAAAAGAUUGAUGUGUCCUAG